AUGAAUAACCAAGGAGUAAUCUAUACAGAACUGAAGGGAGUCAAGAACUCAGAGAGACAGCGAAUAAAACCUAAGGGCUCUAAAGGUCUCAUUUCAAUAGCUCAGCAGGAAUUAACAUAUGCAGAAUUAAAUCUUCAAAAUGCUUCUCAGAAUCUUCAAGGGAAUGAGGAGAACUACCACUCCAAAGGUUCACCAUCACAUCCAGAGAAGCUCAUUGCUGGGAUCCUCGGAACUGUCUGCCUUGUUCUGAUGUCCACUGUGGUAACAAUGAUUGUUGUUACUCCCUCUACUCUAAUACAGGAACAGAAUAACUCUUCUCGGAUAACAAGGCUCCAGAAAGAAUGCCAUUGUGGUCAUUGUCCAAAAGACUGGUUUACAUAUUCCAACAACUGCUAUUAUAUUACUUUUGAAGAAAAAACAUGGAAUGGGAGUUUGACAGCCUGUGCUUCUAGGAACUCUACUCUACUUUAUAUAGAUAAUGAAGAGGAAAUGAAAUUUCUGAAGUCCCUCUCAGUUAUGUCAUGGAUUCCAGUCUUUCGUGAAGGCCAUGGUCAUCCGUGGAUGUGGCAAAAUGGCUCAACUUGCAAACUACAGAUAUUAGACAUAUCACCUGAGAAAAGAAACUGUGCAGUGCUAUCCUCAGAGGGCAUAAAGUCAGAUGGCUGUGAAUCCCCAAAUAUGCAAGAACACUGGAGUGGGGUGCCAUUGCCUUCUCCAAUGAAAAGCUACCCAGAACCAAAUCUGGCUAAGGAAGCCAGGAAACAGCAAAUGAGAGGUAAGAACAGACAAAGUUCCAUUUUAGUCACUGAACAGGAGAAAACCUACAUGGAAAUAAAAUUUCAAAAUGCUUCUCACUAUCCUCAAUGGAAUGACAGGAACUACCAGUGCAAGUAUUUACCAUCACCUAGAGAGAAGUUUGUUGCUGUGAUCCUGGGAAUCAUAUGUUUUGUCUUGAUGUAUACUGUAGUUAGAAUGAUAACUUCUAUUCCAUCUACUCUAAUAGAGGAACAGAAUAACUCCUCUCGGACAACAAGGCUCCAGAAAGAGAUGAGUGAAUCUCAUACUUAUGCCAGUGAACGAGUAAAGUCUGGUGCUUCUAGACAAUGCCAAAAGAGAACAUGUAUAUUAACCACAAGUCAACGUGGACAAAACCCAUCUCCAUUUGUCCUUGCCAGAUCCGUUGCUAUAGCUAUGGGGAUUCAUUUCAUUGGAAUGGCAAUAAUAUGUAGUGCCAUGAUCAUAACUCCAUUAUUCAACCAAGAAGCUCCAAUUUCUUUGAAAGAAAAUUACUGUGGUCCAUGUCCUAAAAACUGGAUAUGUUAUAGAAAUAACUGCUACCAAUUUUUUAAUGAGAGCAAAAGCUGGUACCAGAGCCAAGCUUCUUGUAUGUCUCAAAAUUCCAGUCUCCUGAAGAUAUACAGCAGAGAUGAACAGGAUUUCUUUAGAUUGGUGAAGUCAUAUCAUUGGAUGGGACUAGUACAAGUUUCCACAAAUGGUUCCUGGCAGUGGGAAGAUGGCUCCAUUCUCUCGCCCAACCUACUAACAAUGGUUGAAAUGCAGAAUGGAACCUGUGCAGUCUAUGGCUCAAGUUUCAAAGCUUAUACAGAAAAUUGCUUAACUCCAAACACAUACAUCUGUAUGCAGAGAAGUGUGUAA